GGGGAACAAGCAUUCAGAGCUUGGCCGACAGUGCAGGCAGGCAGGAGCGUCACACAUGGGCAGCACACUGGGACUGAAGAGGACUGAAGAGGCUUGGGAUUUUAUUUGGAUCUGAUGCACUAGAAGAGUUACUAACAGGCAGAAGAGGCAGGAAGAAAAAAAAAAAAGAAGAGAAAGGGCAUUUAGAUUAAUAUGGGAUUUUAAACAAUACACUUACACAGACACGCUGUACAAAAAGAACGAGAAAAGCCAGAUGCACUGAAAUGUUUUUGUAGAAAAAGGAGGCCGACUAAACAUUUUUCCAGGCGGCGAUUGGAGUUUUCUUGCACUUCUUCCAGAGACAGAGGCACAUUUUGACCGAAAAGAGAAGAAUCCUCGUCUUCAUCCAGCAAUGCUUUUGAGAAACUCUGAACUAAACUGUUGCUGUCUCCCGUCCUGGAAGCAGACGCAGGCGUAGGACACAGUUACCUUUCCUGAAAAGAGGAUCCACAUUGUCCAAUUUUUUUUCCCUGCAAAGUCCCGUGAAGCGCAGGUGCUGUGCUGACUGUCACCAUGUUUUCUUUAAGGUUCUGUUUAAAACCAUCAUGGACUACUUGCCUUUUGGCGCUGUGCCUCCUGGAUGUAUGGAUCUCAGCCUUGCCUGCCCAGCAAUCUCAACCCAAGCAGAAGCCCCGUCGGACCAGGCAGAUGUCACCUCUAACCACCACCACCUCCUCAUCAGCAGCCGGCAACCUGUCGGAGAGCGCAGAGAGCAAAGUGGAGCGCCUCGGCCAGGAGUUCAAGAGAAACGUUCGCGAGCUACGAGAAAAGAGCUCCUGCUUGGACAUGGUCUUCCUGGUGGACGAGUCGUCCAGUGUGGGGGCCAACAACUUCCUGAGAGAGCUGAGGUUUGUGAGCAAGAUGCUGUCGGACUUCCCCGUUGCGCCGGAGAACACGCGUGUCGCGUUGGUCACCUUUUCUUCCAAGACCCAUGUGGUGACGAGGGUGGACCACAUCUCAGCGCCCAAACCCGACCAGCACAAGUGUUCCCUGUUCAACCGGGAGAUCCCUGCUAUCAACUACAGAGGAGGGGGCACCUACACGAAAGGAGCCUUCCAGAGAGCAGCGCAAAUCCUUCGCCACUCUCGCUCUAACGCCUCCAAGGUCAUCUUCCUAAUCACCGACGGCUACUCUAAUGGCGGAGACCCUCGGCCGGUGGCGGCAGCACUGAGGGAGCGCGGCGUUGAGAUCUUCACGCUGGGCAUCUGGCAGGGAAACAUCAGGGAGCUUCAUGACAUGGCCUCUCAGCCCAAAGAGCAGCACUGCUACUUUGUGCACAACUUUGCCGAGUUUGAAGCGCUGGCUCGUCGGGCACUUCACGAAGACCUCCCCACAGGCAGCUACAUCCAGGAGGAUAUGUCGCGCUGCUCCUCUCUGUGCGACGCCGGCAGGGAUUGCUGCGACCUGAUGGCCAGCUGCAAGUGUGGAACGCACACGGGACAGUACGACUGCAUCUGUGAGAAAGGAUACUACGGCAAGGGUCUGCAGCACGAGUGCACAGCGUGUCCACCCGGGACAUACAAACCAGAGGGAGCACCAGGAGGCCUGAGCACCUGCCUGUCCUGCCCUGACCCGCAGCACACCUCCCAGCCUGGCAGCACCGCCCUCAUUGACUGCGUCUGCAAGCCGGGAUAUCAGCUGAUCGGAGUGACCUGCCAGGUGGUUCACUGUCCAGCGCUGUCUCCUCCAAAAAAUGGCUUUUUCGUCCAAAAUGUAUGCAACAACCAUUUCGAUGCGGCCUGCGGCGUGCGAUGCCAGCCAGAUUUUGACCUCCAGGGGACCGGCAUCAGACUGUGCAAGGCUGACGGCACCUGGUCAGGAACUCCUGCCAGCUGCAAAGUGCGCUCCUGCCCGCCCCUUUCUCGGCCCCAGCACGGCUUCAUGAGGUGCAGCGAUGGCGGCGCCUCCUACAGGACGGAUUGUCAGGUGGGCUGUGAGCGAGGCUACAGGCUGGAGGGAGACUCCAGACUCAGCUGCCAGAACAACUCGCAGUGGAGUGGACCCCAACCUCGGUGUGUGGAGGUUCGUUGUCCCCCCAUCACCACCCUGAAGAACAUCGUGCUGUCGCCCCCUGCCUGCACGAAGAGGGCAGCUUCACCCGGCUCCGCUUGUCUGCUCACCUGUCGUCAAGGUUACAGUCUCCAGGGGAACAGGAGGGCGGUGUGCCUCGGCUCUGGGAACUGGACGGCUAAUGUGUAUAAAGCCGUUUGUACAGACACUGAACCUCCGUGGAUUCAGUGCCCCGCGGACAUCGUCUCAGAGACGGAUGAGCGGCGCGGCAUCGCUAACGUCAGAUGGGACAUCCCCACUGCCACGGACAACUCUAAAGAAGAGGUGGCGGUGCAGGUGAAGCCGGUCUACUCUCCCCCCGCACUGUUCCCCAUCGGAAAAGAAACCAUCAUUUACAUCGCAACGGACCGCUCGGGGAACCAGGCCAACUGCUCCUUCACUGUCACUGUCAUCGAUACGGAGCCCCCGGUGAUUGACAGGUGCAGGUCUCCGCCCACAGUCCAGGCCACAGACACGGAGGCGGCGGCGGUCGUUUGGGAGGUGCCGCAGUUUUCUGACAACUCAGGUGGUCGCCUCACAGUGACCAGCAGUCACACUGCCGGCUCUCAGUUCCCAGUCGGGGAGACUCUGGUCCAGUACACAGCGACUGAUGCUGCAGGAAACAGCCGCACCUGCAACCUCACCGUCACUGUGCAAGGAACGACCUGUGACCAGCCGUACAUCCCUGUGAACGGAGAGUUCAUCUGCUCAGAACAAGAAGAAGGCGUUAACUGUACUCUUCAGUGUAAAGACGGCUACAGCUUCACUCAGGACGGCGCGCACAGCUACUUCUGCGCCUACAACGGUGUGUGGGAGCCGCCGUCCUCUGCGGACAGACCCGACUGCUCAGUGAAGCGAAUAGCAAACAACGGAUUAAAGCCCUUUGAGAUGCUGUUCAAAGCCUCGCGCUGUGACGAUGUGGAUCUGAUCAAGUCAUUCACAGGAGAGUUCAACACCAAACUGGAAGGCAUGCUCCCCAACAUUUGUAGCAGCGAUGAUGUCAUCUGCAAGCUUGAGGUGAUGUCACAGGGCCACUGUCUGGAGUACAACUACGACUACGAGAACGGAUUUUCUAUUGCACCAGGGGGAUGGAGCAACAGCUGGGGAUCUCAGGGUGCUCAGGACUAUGCGUACUUUGAGUCAGGCUUCGCUACAGGCAGCCGGCAGCUCGCCAGGCCGCAGCAGGACAGCCGCAUGCAACCGCACCAACGCGCAAAGAGGCACCGCAAAAUCACCGGACCCACCAGAGACCAGAAGAUCCAGAUCUUCUUCAACAUCACAGCAAGCAUCCCUCUGCCUAUAUCGAGGAACGACUCGAUAGAAGUGGCCAAUCAGAAGAGACUCCUGCGGACCCUCGAGCAACUGACCAAUCGUUUGAAGCGAACGCUCGCCAAACAGCCGCUGUCCAGUUUCCACGUUUCCUCUGAGAUGAUCGUGUCUGAUCCCAAAUCUCUGGAGAGCAGGAAAGCGUUUCUGUCCUGCCGGCCGGGGUCAGUGCUCAAAGGCCGGAUGUGCGUCCAAUGUCCGGUGGGGACUUACUUCUCUCUGGAACAUAACGAGUGUGCGAGCUGCUGGUUGGGCUCCUUCCAGGAUCAGGAGGGUCAGCUGGAGUGCAAGUCCUGCCCGGAGGGGACCUCCACAGCGUACCUGCACUCCCGCAGCGUCUCUGAGUGCAAAGGACAGUGUAAACCCGGCAGUCACUCUCUGAAUGGGUUGGAGAUCUGCGAGUCGUGUCCUCUGGGUCACUUCCAGCCUGGUUUUGGCGCCAGAGAGUGCGUCGUCUGUCCUGACGAAACGUCGACUGUCACCAGAGGAGCCGUGGACGAAGAAGAGUGUGGAGUGCCUUGUUCUUCAGGUCAUUUCUCUCGUACCGGUCUGGUUCCCUGUUACCCCUGUCCCAGAGAUUACUACCAGCCUGAACAUGGCCGCUCCUACUGCCUCUCCUGCCCCUUCUAUGGAACCACCACUGUUACAGGGGCGACUACGAUACAACACUGCUCCAGUUUUGGCUCCAGCUUUCUUCCCAAAGAGGAGAGUGUGACUGCAGCUCCAGAGGUGGAGGUCCAUGAGGACUACCAAGCAAGCAGCCAGGUGUUCCACGAGUGCUUUCUGAAUCCCUGUCAGAACAAGGGGACAUGUGAGGAGGUUGGGGCGGGGUAUGUGUGCUCCUGUAUGCCCGGAUUCACAGGUGCAAAGUGUGAGGUCGACAUCGACGAGUGUGACUCAACUCCGUGCCAAAACGGAGGCCUGUGCAAGGACGGCAUGGGGGACUUCCAGUGUCAGUGCAAGCCGGGAUUUUUAGGCUCUCUGUGCGAGGCGGAGGUGAACGAGUGUCUCUCCUCCCCCUGUCUGAAUGAAGGCGUUUGUGUGGACGAGGUCAACAAGUUCACCUGCAGCUGCGCCGGCGGAUUCACAGGAUCUCGCUGUGAGCUGGAAAUCAACGAGUGCCUUUCCAACCCGUGUCUGAACGGAGGCGUGUGUGAGGACCUGACCGGCGGUUACACAUGUAACUGUGUGGUCGGCUUCUCAGGGGAUCGCUGUGAGGUCAACAUCGAUGAAUGUUACAGCGCCCCCUGUCUGAACGGAGGCUCGUGUCUGGAUGAGAUCAAUAAUUACAGGUGUCAGUGUGUGGAGGGUUUCCGGGGCCGUCUGUGUGAGGUGGACGUGGACGAGUGCGAUCCAAACCCCUGCGUCAACGGGGCCAGUUGUCUGGACGGUCUGGGUUCUUACACCUGUCGCUGCCUCCCUGGGUUCAACGGAACCAGGUGUGAGACAGAAAUGUCUUCUGCCUUCAACCUGGACUUUGAGGUGUCAGGUAUCCAUGGUUACGUCAUGAUGGACGCAGUGAUGCCUGCGCUGACAGAGAUCACCUGCACCUUUUGGAUGAGGUCAUCGGACACCACAAAUUACGGCACACCUGUGUCCUACGCUGUGGAGGGCAGCGACAACGCUUUCCUCCUCAUCGACUACAACGGCUGGGUGCUGUACGUAAACGGCAAGGAGCGCAUCACAGACUGUCCCGCAGUCAACACAGGACUGUGGUAUCACAUCGGGGUCUCGUGGAGGAGCUGGGACGGGGACUGGAGGAUCUACAUAAACGGGAAGCCCUCAGAUGGAGGCAAAGGACUGUCAGUGGGCACCACCAUCCCAGGAGGUGGAGCGCUGGUGUUAGGUCAGGACCAGGAUCAGAGGGGCGAGGGCUUCAACCCUGUCGAAUCAUUCGUCGGCUCCAUCAGCCAGCUCAACAUCUGGGAUCGAGUUCUCACACCUCAACAGAUCAAAGUCCUGGCCAGCAGCUGCCCUGCCUCCCAUGUGACUCACAGGGGGAACGUCCUCGCCUGGCCCGACUUCCUCGCCGGGGUGGUGGGCCGAGUUAAAGUCAACCAGAACAGCAUCUUCUGUGCUGAUUGCCCAAAGCUAGAGAACGCAGUGCCACAUCUGCACGCCUCCACCGUGGAGGUGAGCCCCGGGGCGCAGGUCCAGCUGUCCUGUGAUCCCGGCUUCUACCUGCUGGGGGAGCCAGUGCUGCAGUGCCAAAACAAAGGAGAGUGGAGCCAUCCUCUUCCCAGCUGUGAACGAGUGUCGUGCGGGCCUCCUCAUCCUCUGGAGAACGGUUUGUUUCAAGGGACAGACUUCCACGCUGGCGGCUCUGUGGUGUACCAGUGUGACGCUGGUUUUUACCUGCUGGGAGACACUAAGGUGCACUGCAGCAACAAUGGCAAGUGGGGAGGAAAUCCCCCGGCCUGUCUGGAUGUGGACGAGUGUGCUCUGGGCUCCGACUGUGACCAACACGCUAAUUGUCAGAACACAGACGGCUCCUACACCUGCACCUGUGUCCACCCGUACAGUGGAGACGGCAAAAACUGCACAGAGCCGGUGAAGUGUGAGAACCCGGGGUCUCCAGAGUUCGGCCAUAGAGAGGGCAGCAACUUUCUGAUGAGCAGCGAGGUCGUCUUUGGCUGCGACCACGGCUACGAGCUCAUCGGAUCCACUCGCCUCCGCUGCACUGAGACAGGAAGCUGGGAUGAUCAGGUCCCUUACUGCAGAGCGCUCUCCUGCCAAACGCCAACUGUGCCAGAGAACUCUGUCAUGACCGGAAACAACUUCACCUAUGGAAGCAAGGUGACUUUCAGCUGUAUGAAGGGCUUCCUGCCUCAGAUCCCCUACGAGUUCCAGUGUCUCUCUAGUCUGAGGUGGAGUGGAACGCCACCCAUGUGUCACCCAGUGAACUGCGGGGAUCCUCCGACCAUCAUGAACGCUGGCUACACCCUCAUCACAAACACAUACCAAUCCAUUGUAACAUACAACUGUGCUGAAGGAUACAGACCACAGGGCACCAUGGAGGUUGUCUGUGAGGCGACAGGGGAGUGGAGCACGCCUGUCCCCCGCUGUGUGAACGUCCUGUGCAGUGAGCCUCCGGCCCUGAGAGAUGCUGUGACCGUAGGAGAGAGCUAUGAACUGGGAAACAAGGUGCACUAUGUCUGCAAAGAAGGCUACACUCUGAUUGGUCCAGAGAUGAGAGAGUGUCUGCCAAACGGCGACUGGAGCGACAGCUCCGCCCAGUGCGUCCCGCGUUCCUGUGGCCCCCCUCCUGCCAUCGACCACGCCGAGCCCUAUGAGAGCCAUCAGCUGUUUGGAGACACUGCUAACUACUACUGCACUGACGGUUACACCGCUGGCAACAACUCCAAGAUGGUGUGCAAUGCUCAGGGUGUGUGGGCGGCCCCUGACGGCAUGGAGCCCCCUCGCUGCAUCGCUAACUUCUGCCUACGUCCACCUGAACUGUCCCAUGCGAUUUUGGAUUCUGUCAACAAACCGAAAUACGUCAGCAACACUGAGGUCAGCUUUAAAUGUGAGGAGGGCUUCAUGCUGAACACCACCGCCACGCUCAGGUGUCUGAUGGGAGGAGAGUGGCAGCCUUCGCCGUACGAUAUCGGCUGCGUGCCCGUGAGGUGCUCGAGGCCCGAGAGCAUCGACCGGGGCUACGUGAGCGGGACAAACUACAGUUUUGGAGCCGUGGUUGCAUACAGCUGCGAUAAAGGAUUCCUGAUCAGAGGAGAGAAGAGAAGGACGUGCAAGGCUAAUGGCGAGUGGGGUGGAGUUCUACCUACCUGUGCACCUGUUUCCUGCGCCCCACCUCCUGCACUAAAGAAUGGAUACAUACAGGUCAGAGCACGAUUCACCUUCAACAGCAAGGUGACAUACGCCUGUAACGCAGGAUACAGACUGAUUGGUCGCCCAGAGCGGGUUUGCCAAGCUAACCGGCAGUGGUCCAACAAUGACCCUCCCACCUGCAUCCUUUUAACCUGUGACCCUCCGCCUGACAUUGUUCAUGGACACUACAAGGGCUCGGAUUUCCAGGUGGGCAGAAAAGUGCAGUACGUGUGCGAUGAGGGUUACGAGCUGGCCGGGGAAUCCACCUGGACCUGCCUGAAGUUCGGGCGGUGGGACAAAUCAAGGCGUCCUCGCUGCUCGCCGGUGCAGUGUCCAGAGCCCCCCCUGGAGGAGAACCAUCUGGUCCUGAAGGGCCUGGACUCCGAAUCUGGAACCGUGGAACUAUCCUGCGAGGAUGGCUACGCCCUCGAAGGUGCCCGGAUCCUGCGCUGCACCCCAUCCCAGGAGUGGAACGACACCUUUCCUGUGUGUAAGCAGGUGUUUUGUGGCCUGCCACCUGAAGUGUCGUUCGGUGGCCCUACCUCGUCCUCCUUUCCAUUCCCUUUUGGCUCCAUGGUGAGCUACACGUGCAUAGACGGCUUUACUUUAAGAAAAGAACGUUCUGUUUCCUGUUUAGCUAACGGGCAGUGGAGCAGUCCUUACCCCGAGUGUAUCACAGUCGAAUGCCCUCAGCCUGUGGAGAUUUCAAACGGUAUUGUAGAUGUACAGGGUCUGAUGUACCUCAGCAAAGCACUGUACAGCUGUAAGACUGGCUAUAACUUAGUGGGCAACUCUACAAUCCUCUGUGGAGAGAAAGGACUCUGGAUUGGAGGAGUACCAUCUUGCCGCCCAAUUGAAUGCUCGAUCCCUAAACAGAUAGACAAAGGUAAAGUUGUUUACACAAAGCUCCAGUUUGGUCACAGUGUAACCUACUCCUGCCAACGCGGUUACCGUCUUAAAGGCACAGAGACUCUCACGUGCCUGGCCAGUGGGGAGUGGAACAUGCAGCCGCCUGCAUGCGUGCAGAUAUCCUGCACGCCACCCCAACCGAUUGAAAGCGGCUUCGUAGAGGGCCAGGAUCACAGUUUUGGCGUCACCAUUUUCUACAGUUGCUUCCCUGGCUUCCAGCUUGUAGGCCAGGACCAUCUGACCUGCGAGGAGUUUGGCUGGUCUAGUUCUGUUCCCAUCUGCGUGCCCUCAGACUGCGGCCUGCCUCCUCACAUUGAUUUUGGGGAGUACUUUAGGGUGCCACCGCAGGAAGGAGACUCUGACGCUGCCGCUUCUUCUUCUAAAGACACACGAUCGUUAGCCUCACCUAUGGACUUGAGCUUCCUUCAUGCAACAUUAAUCGAGUACCGUUGCCACAAAGGCUACGACCUCACGAGCCCCACCAGGCUGGUCUGCCAAGAGGACGGAGGCUGGAAUGGCACGGCCCCAGCUUGUGUCCCAGCAGAGUGUGAAACCCCACCCAGUCCAGAUCACGGCUGGGUCAACGUGACUGAUACCUCCCUUGGCAGUUCGGUCAGGUAUUCUUGUGAGGAGGGAUACAAGCUGGAGGGGGAGCCUGUGAGGCAAUGUGUAUCAGGUCGACUUUGGACUAAUGAAGCCCCGGUUUGUCUCCCCGUUUCCUGUGGCGACCCAGGUGCUAUCCCUAACGGCCCAGCUUUAGGGGGUACUUUUGUGUAUCCUGAGGUGCUGCAGUACGAGUGUAGUCCUGGUUUUGUUUUAAGGGGUAGUGACACCAUCUCCUGCCAGGCAGAUGGGAAUUGGAAUGGACAGAAACCUUUUUGUGAACCUCUAUCUUGUGGUCCUCCGAAAGUCCCCAUUGGGGUUUCUUUUAAAGGAGACGAGUACAACUAUAAUAAUGAGGUGGAACUGAGCUGUCAGUCUGGUUUUGUCUUAAAAGAGAAAUCUAUCAGUGUUUGCCAAGGUGAUGGCACCUGGAGCCACAAGACUCUUACUUGUGUACCUGCACGGUGUGGCAAACCAACACCAAUACCCAAUGGACACGUGCUGGGCUCAGAUUUAGGCUUUAAGAGCAAGGUCAAGUAUGAAUGUGAUGAGGGAUAUACGCUUAACGGAGAUCCCACACAUGUCUGUCAGGCAGAUGGACUCUGGGACAAACCUGCACCUCGCUGUGAUAUCAUAAGCUGUGAUCCACCCGAGGACAUCAGUCACGGCUUCCUCAACGGCUCCAGCUUCGCCUACGAUGACGUGGUGGAGUACGUCUGCUUCGACGGCUACGAAGUCGUCGGGGAUCCCAUCCUAAGAUGCUCUGCCCAAGGUUCCUGGGUCGGCAAGGUUCCUCAGUGUCGCCCCUGCGUCUGCGCCCUCCCCGCGCUGAAAUUCGGCACGGUUCUUGGGAGCGACCGUUCCUGCGGGGACCGAGUGAACUUCCAGUGCGGAGACGGCUACAAGUUGCUGGGACCCUCCGAGGCCGUGUGUGAGAAGGGAGGGGUGUGGAGCCCCGGCAUACCUAUGUGUGGACGGGGAAGGUGCAGUGUCGCCCCGCCAGCAGUUGCCAAUGCUGUCCUGCAGGGCGGCAUUGCAACCUUCCCAGACACAGUCAUAUACAGGUGUAGGCUGGGCUACCAGCCGAGGGGGUACCCACAUCUCUCCUGUGGAAGAGACGGCAGGUGGGGAGAACCCAUGAUCAAGUGUGAGCCUUUGAACUGUGGAAAACCUCCAUCUGUAGAGAACGCUCAGGUGGUGGGAGACACCUUCACCUUCCCGAACCAAAUCGCCUACAGGUGUGACGAGGGGUAUCUAGUAGCCACGCCGACGGACUCCCUCUCCUGCCAGAGCGACGGCACCUGGUCCAAACACAGCGUGCGGUGUCGCCCAGCCCCCUGCCUGCUGCCCACCCACUUCUCCACCCAACAUCUGGUGAUCAGUGGGAAGGAGCUCACGCCUGUCGGGGGCACCGUGACUCUGUCCUGUCCUCCCGGUCUCUACCUGCAGGGGUCGACGUUAGCUGAGUGUCAGCUUGGUGGAUUGUGGUCACCAAGCAUCGCCUCAGCCUCCUGCGAGCUGGUGGUUUGUGAGAAACCCCCUCCUCUUCUUCAGGGUGUCGCUGAGGGAGAAAGCUACAACUACGGAGACUUUGUCGUGUACUCGUGUCUGCCGGGCUUUGACAUGAAGGGAGACUCUAUCCAGACCUGCCAGGGAGACAGAUCAUGGAGUGGCACCCAGCCUCUGUGUGUUGCACAGUCCUGUGGGCCUCCUCCCAUAGUAACUCAUGCACUGGUUCAGACAACAGGAGAGACCUACCUUCACAAUGCCAGUUAUGUGUGUAAUGUGGGCCUGCAGCUGGUGGGCCCAAAGACUCUCACCUGUCUGUCCAAUGGCACGUGGAGCCUCCCAGCGCCGUCAUGUGAAGUGGCUAAAGGCUGCAACAGCCCAAAUCAGAUACCGCACGGUAAAGUGCAAGAGCACAGUCUGAACACAGGGCGCGCUGUGGAGUUCCAGUGCGACAAAGGCUACAGCCUGGUGGGAGAUCCUCUGGUGGUGUGCAUGGGGGGAAACACCUGGAGCUCCACGUUCCCCACCUGCCAACCCAAGUCUUGCCCGGCUCCUCCGGGCUGGAGGGAGAAUGUGUCCCGACAGGACUUCCAUGUUGGGCAGUCAGUCCGUGUCACCUGCCCCAAAGGUCAGCAGGUCAAAGGAAGCGGCGCCAUCACCUGCAGGCCAGACCAGACCUGGAGCCCCAUCAGCUCUGUGUGUGAAAGGGUGUCCUGUGGUCCCCCCCUCCACGUGGCCAAUGGGGUGGUGCGGGGGGCCGUGUUCCAGUUCGGGGACAUGGCGGCGUACUCGUGUUUUGGCGGCUACGUCAUGGAGGGUGUCGGGAGGAGCAGGUGUCUGGAGAACGGCACCUGGACGCCGCCUCCCUCAUGCAGAGCGGUGUGUUGGUUACAUUGUCAGAACGGAGGUGUGUGUCAGCGGCCCAACACCUGUGCUUGUCCUGAAGGCUGGAUGGGUCGACUGUGUGAGGAGCCGAUCUGCAUCCUGCCAUGCCUGAACGGCGGGCGUUGUGUGGCACCCUACCAGUGUGAGUGUCCCACAGGGUGGACGGGGACACGCUGUCACAGUGCUGUGUGUUCAUCACCUUGUCUGAAUGGAGGCCGCUGCAUCAGGCCCAACAGAUGUCACUGCAGUGCAGGCUGGAGCGGACACGACUGCUCAAGGAAGAGGAAAUCAGGAUACUAUCACUUCUAAAACACCGCCACGUCUCAUGAAGGGAAAUCUUGUAUAUUUAACUGACUCACUUCAUUCUCAUCUCUCUGCAAAGAUCCAUUUUGUAAAAUAAAGCUGUAUUUUUUCAUAUAGAGACUCAAACAGUAUUAAACGUAUGCUGCUAUACACUUGUACCAUGUGUAAAAACUAUUGAUGUGAUUGUCCGAUGUAUAUGUGUAAACUAUUCUCACAUUUUUAUUAAAGCAUAAAAUACCA